CUAAUAUCACUUGGUAAAAAUGGCAAACAAAAAGAUUGGGAAGUAAUUCAGCAAUUUCUUGUAAAUAAAUGUUAAUACUGAGCGCCCUCAAUUGUCGAGAAUGGCCUUUGCUUUGAGAACUACACAGAUGAUGGAAAUCAAUGACCCCCACACUAUACAGUUCAACAUGCAUUCUGCCACUGUGCUAGCCAGUUGCAGUUAAAUGUCCAUCUUGCACAUACUCGUCUGAUUUGGUUUCUGUCAUCCCUACUCACAUCACUUAAUUGGCCGCCUUAAAGAGUUACAGUCAUGGCAGAUGCAGUUGCAGCACAGUUGAAGAUACUGCAGGAUAAAGCCAAAAAGAGAGAUGUUCAAAGCCGGAUUGACAUCGUCAAACAGGAAUUAAGGGAAAAGCAGAAGGAGCAUCUGGAGAAAAUUGCGGCCAUUGCUGAGGCGCACAGGUUGUACAAGGGAGACGAUGCCCAACGCGAUCGCAUCAAUGCCAAACUCGCCCUGGAAAGUUUCGCCUAUGCAAUGAAUGCCAUUUUCCAAAAUGAGAAUCUGAAGGACAAGAUCAGCUCCGAGGACAAGCAGACCAUCUUGGAUAAAUGCAAGGAGGUCUUUGACUGGCUCAAUAGCAACCAGGUGGAUUUGUCUUCAUCCCACCAAUCUCACCUCUGACAUCCUUUUGGAUCAUAGGUGGCAGAGAAGGAAGAGUUUGAGGGUCGCCAAAGGGAGCUGGAAGAAAUCUGCAAUUCCAUCUUAACUAAGUAGGAAGCCGGUAGCGGAGGACCUAUUUACAGUACUGAGAAGGUUGACUAAAUAAGACUUGAAGGUUUUCAUGGUGAAAGAACUAUAUGAGUAAAACGAUUGUGGUUACACCAUGGACCAGUCUCU